GAAGCCCAUACAAUGAAUUAUUCUCGGUGAGUUUCAGCCCAGACACUAGAGAUACUGUUUUGAUCCCCGUGGAAAGUACCACGGGAUCUUUGCUGAUCCCUGACAUUAGUUCUACAUCUCAACUGAGACCCUGUACCUCACAGAUGUCCUGUGCAGGGCCGGGAGCUGCUUACCGAAGAAGCCGGCCCCGCUACCUGCAGCACCCUGAGUUUUCCUGGGCGGCUCCCACCUCCCUCCAGCUCAUGAGCGGAGACCACAGCCGAGACCCCGCCGUGUCCCCCAGCAAGAGGCUCAAGGCCUCGGAGCCUGAUCUGCGGCUCCGCUUCGCCAAGCUCUCCGAGAACGCGUCCACCCCGUCCCGGGGCUCGGCCCGCGCAGCUGGCUACGACCUAUACAGUGCCUAUAACUAUGUGAUUCCUGCUAUGGAAAAGGCUAUAGUGAAAACUGACAUUCAGAUCUCCCUCCCUUCUGGAUGUUAUGGCAGAGUAGCCCCACGUUCUGGAUUAGCUGCAAAACACUUCAUAGAUGUUGGUGCUGGGGUCAUUGAUGAAGAUUACAGAGGAAAUGUUGGUGUUGUACUUUUUAAUUUCGGCAAGGAAGAUUUUGAAGUUAAAAAAGGGGACAGAAUUGCCCAGCUGAUCUGUGAACGCAUCUUCUAUCCUGAGCUGGAGGAAGUUCAAGUUCUGGAUGACACUGAACGUGGUACAGGUGGCUUCGGUUCCACUGGCCAGAAAUGAAGAGAGAUGUUAGAUGUUAUAAAUUCUUACUGUAUUUGGAUUUUAUUGAUUAAAAGGUUCUUUUUGUAAACAGUCUUUAAAGAAUAGUUUCAAAAGGGGAGUUGGGAUUUUAGGAUCUGUGAAAGUAAGGGACUCAUAACUCAAGCAUUGUACAAGCGUCUACAAAUCUCUGCCUUCUUGUCCACUUCCAAACUGAUAGCAAGUGACGUUGAGCAGCAUGCUGGCUUGCAGUACAGAGAAAUCUGCACAAGAGAUUUGACAAAGUAUUUUUUGUUAACUCCUAGGAUUCUGAACCAGUGUUUCUAUUGAUAUGGAAGUUUAACGGUACUAAUUACACCUCCUUUGUGCCAGCUAGAUUUUCUGACAUCUUCAGAUAAGUGUGUGAAGCUAUCUUGCAGCAGAUUAAGAAAAACAUAACUCAUUUUCUGGAAACUAACAAUUUAGCUUAUGCCCUGAUACUGCAUGGUGUAAAGAUUGCUUAAUACAAAACUUGUCAAUGAAUCAGUA